CGUCGUUUGGUUCUACUGUUAGGUUCCCAUGCAUGCAAUACGCAGCAUGGGUUCCUCGUCGUUCCGUCAUCCAAGUGACCGGAAAUGUCGUUGGUAUCCCUUUUCUACCGAUGCUGCAGAUUGCUGCAGGACGGGCAUGGACGCAUCACUCUUCCUCGGUUCCCCGACGUGCUCCGGACUGGAAGAAAUCCGAGUCGAAAAAACGCCCGUUUUCUGCUGCCAAAGCGUCUUCAUCCUGUGUAAAACACGUACAUCAUAACACUUAUGUUGCAUCUAAACUUGUGCAGUAUGAACGGCGUAGUAAGCGGGCGAUUCCCAGGAUUCCCGAGGAAUUUAUUCCAAACUAUUCAGUCUCAUAUAUGAAUCCUGAGGAUCUGUCUGAAUACGACAGCACGUCUGAACCUGGUCGAGCACCACCUAUUUUUCCGGUUGGAACCAAAGACGAGACGGACCCAACAUGGUACGAUCUUGACGUGUCGUCAUACUCUGAAAUUGUUUCUAGAGACGAUCCAAUGAGAGUUGUUGGUCGUAUUCCACCCUCCUCCACCCGGAAAGCGCUCUUGAACAACCUUAUAUACCUGGCGCAAAGGCGACCUAGCCCUGGUCUUCCUGCCCUCAUCGACUAUCACGGCCUGCACAGGCGAGUGCACUCUACACGGUCCUAUAAUCUCCUCAUUGAUCUAUCCAUACGUCACAAAUCAUUCGGUAUGGUACCAUCGCUGCUACGAGCUAUGAGCACCGAAAACAUUGACCACAAUCAUAUUACCAAAAAGUUGGUGCUGCGCUGGUUAAUCCAUACUGAGCGACGGUCAGAGGCGUGGCGAUUAUUGGAGGAAACCGCAAGUUUAUCGGCUCCGUUGCGUGUGGACUAUUGGCUGGAAUUUUUUCAUUCUUCAGACAGCACACCCCUUUCCAACAGCGAGUUUCUGCGAUUGAUGGAAAUCAGUCCGGUCAAGUUUACGGAAACGACAACAGCACGUGUAAUGUCGGUUGUGAUACGAGCAAUCCUCCGUUUGGGGAAGCACCCGUAUGCUGUCCAGCUUGCGACGACUUACCUGAGUGGCAUGCCCCGAAAAGUGGAGGCAGUCAUCGCACGUCAGAACCUGAAGCUCGUCCACCUGGUCGUCUGUUACGGGUCAAGGAAGAAGGGCAUAUCGAAAUUUUUCGAGAGCCGACAAAUAUUGCAGUCACUUUUAGCGCUCCAUCCGGCGCUUCGUCCGACGCCGGUCACGUUGCUGAUCCUUCUUAGCCACCUCGAGCGGUGUAAGCGAGCGGGGAGCUUUGCAAGCCAAAUGGUGGAGGAAUUCAAAGACCGUUGGGGCUGUGAGAUUGAGAAUGCCGAGGUUAGACAGAGGGUUGCUAGUCUGGCGCUAAAGGACGUGCGGUUGCGUGGGAUGCCUCGGAAGAUAUUACAAAAUAUCAAAGAAUCGGCGUCGUCUGGGUCACAGAGGGACGGCUUUGAGUUUAUCGGAUGUCGAUAUGUGCCCCAUUUUUGGACAGUCUCAGGUGUCGAGGAGCGAAGAGGGUGGAGACGACUCGACGGACUUUACCGGCGACGGACAAGGAAGCGAGGUGCCACAGGGAAAGGAGACCUGCGGGUUUCCAAUGUAAGUGGUAGUAGAGACUGUUGUUGAAUGCGAGUCUAAAUUCUGACAAGGCAAAGGAUGAUACAAGUAAACAAUGAAGCGGCAAGGUGUGGUGCAGCUGCAUGAAAAGGAUUGGAACAUUCAAGCGGGGAUCUCAGGGGUGGCUGUUUCGGGAGCCAAGCUGAGGCAAGUUGGAUACUUGGUACGAUAGUUGGAGCGGCGUCAAACGGAAAAAAAAAGUAUACUUUGUAGGAAUGAUGGACUGGUGUUUAUCUAUAGGCUUUGGAGGAAACUUUGGGGGUGGAAUGGAGUGUGGA